AUGGCUACUGAUCUAACUCCAGAAGAAAAGUACGAUCUCAUUACUAAGAACCUUCAGGAGGUUCUUAAUGGUCAAAUCAUCAAGGAAGUCCUUGAGGUUGAAAAGAGACCUUUGAAGAUCUAUUGGGGUACCGCUCCUACUGGACGUCCCCACUGUGGUUACUUUGUCCCCAUGACCAAAAUUGCUCACUUCUUGAAGGCCGGCGCCGAAGUGACCAUCCUCUUGGCUGACCUUCACGCCUUUUUGGAUAAUAUGAAGGCCCCUCUUGAACUCGUUGAGUUCCGUUCACAGUACUAUGAACGUAUAGUCAAGACCAUUUUAUCUUCUAUUGGUGUUCCCAUUGAGAAACUUAAGUUUACUAUUGGUCGUUCUUAUCAGCUUAAUGGCGACUACACUCUCGACAUUUUCCGAAUGGCUAAUGUCGUUUCCCAAAACGACGCUAAACGUGCUGGUGCCGACGUCGUUAAGCAAGUUUCCAACCCACUUCUUUCUGGCCUCAUUUAUCCCAUCAUGCAAGCACUUGAUGAACAAUACCUUGAUGUUGAUGCACAAUUUGGUGGUCUUGAUCAACGCAAAAUUUUUGUUCUUGCUGAAGAACAACUUCCUACCAUUGGUUACAAGAAGCGUGCGCAUCUUAUGAACCCCAUGGUGCCUGGUCUGACCCAAGGUGGAAAGAUGUCUGCAUCUGACCCUAAUUCCAAAAUUGAUUUACUCGAAGAGCCUAAGCAGGUUAAGAAAAAGAUUGGUUCUGCUUUUGCCGCUCCUGGCAUUGUUGAAGGAAACGGCCUUAUUUCGUUUGUCGAAUAUGUUGUUUUGCCCAUUUCUGAAAUCUCCACCGGAAAGCCUCUUUUCCACAUUAACCGUCCAGAGCAAUACGGUGGCCCAUUGAACUAUUCUACUAUUGAUGAGCUGAAGCAAGAUUACGAAUCCCAAAAGCUUUCUCCUCAAGACCUUAAGAUUGGUGUCACUGACUCUAUCAAUACCUUAUUGGAACCUAUUAGAAAAGAAUUUGAAGCUGAUGCUGAGUUUCAAGAACUUGAAAAGAAGGCUUAUCCUCCUCCUGAACAAACAAAAAAGCCAAAGAAGGCCAAGAAGAUUGGCACUAGAUACCCUGGAGCUAAAACCGAAGGAUCUGAUUCUUCUGUCCCUAGCUCUAGUUCCAAAUCCGAAGUAGAGCAGGUUGGUGAAGCUCUGAAUAAAACUUCUAUUUAG